CUUAAAUGUAGUAGUUUUCUGGUUUCUUUCCUCUCUGAUGGUAAAUUUAUUUUUGGGGGGGGACAAAAGACAUUUGAGGAAACACUGAUCCAUAUUUUUCUACAUUUUCUGACAUUCCAGAGACCAAACAACUCCAGAAAAUAAUGACAGGUUAUUCAACAUUGGAAUUAUGAGAUAACUGCAGCCUUAAUACUUAAUGCCUUAUACUCCAACUAAUAAUACAAGCUGGACCUCAUGGACAACAGAAUAAAAAUCAUAGCCAAAAUGUAAUGAGGUUUGUGUGGUGUUCCUUUGUCAAAAUAAACAAUGCAUUAAUAGCAAUAGUGUGAAAGAUGGAUCACUAGGACCAGAAGAUGGAUUACAAGGACCAGAGGAUGGACUACAGGCACCGGAGGAUGGACUACAAGGACAACAUAAUGGACUACAAGGACGAUGUGUUGGACUACACAGACCAGAGGAUGGACUACAGGGACCAGAGAUCGACUACAAGGACAACAUGAUUUAGUAUAAGAACAAAAUUAUGCUCUACAAAGACCAGAGGGAGGACUACAAGGACCACAUGAACUACAAGGACCAGAGGAAGGACUAUGAGGACCAGAAGAAGGACUACAAGGACCAACGGAUGGACUACGAGGACCAACGGAUGGACUACAAAGACCAGAGGAAGGACUACGAGGACCAACGGAUGGACUACAAGGACCACAGGAUGGACUACAAAGACCAGAGGAAGGACUACGAGGACCAGCGGUUGGACUACAAGGACCACAUGAUGGACUACAAGGACCAGAGAAAGGACUGCGAGGACCAGAGGAAAGACUACGAGGACCACAUGAUGGACUACAAGGACCACAUGAUGGACUACAAAGACCAGAGAAAGGACUACGAGAACCAACGGAUGGACUACAAAGACCAGAGGAAGGACUACGAGGACCACAUGAUGGACUACAAGGACCAGAAAAAGGACUGCGAGGACCACAAGAUGGACUACAAGGACAACAUGAUGGACUACAAAGACCAGAAGAUGUGUUCAGACCAAAGAACUACAGACUCUUCACAACCUGCUCAAACUCUUGGUACAGGACCUCACCACACGGGUCAAGAAGGUUUCCAUCUCAUUUCUACUCUGAAGCUCACCUUCUCCUGCUCAAACUGCUGACAAAUGUUUCUGCUGCUCUAAAGUCUGGUCUCCAGAACUUCCUAAAAACUCUCAAAGUCUCUUCUGCUGCAGGUUGCUUUGUAGAACUGUUGCAGAAAACCUCACUAAACUACAUGGAGGGGCCUCAAGAUAGUCGUCCAAAUGGAACCGUACAAAAACCAAACUAGCACAACCCAAAUGCUAAAGUCUCCUGCAGCCUACCAGAGAACCUCUGAGAACAGAGAAUCAGGACAGGAACUCUUACCUUCUGGACAACCAACGCUGGUUCACAAACAAGAAUACAGAAUGUGUCUGACCAAAAACCUCUGAAAACUCACUACAGCCAAGAUAAAGACACAACUCAGCUGCAGCAAACCCACUAAUCACUGCACACAUUAGCACCAGGUGCUAACUGUGCCUAAACAACCACAUUUACCAAGACAACUAUCCAGUACAAAGCCCUAAAACACACCAAGAAACACAUUAAAGACGAUUUUACUGCUGGAAGCUGCAAGCCAACACCUAAAAAACAAACUAAAGCAAUGGAGCCAAACCCAGUUCACUGGUGAAGAGAAGCAGAGGAAAUGUUUGUCUGCAGCUAAAUAAAGCAGGAAGACACUGAGCUGCUCAGGUGUUCCUGAUAACACCAAGCAGCCACCUGGACAGCCAAUAGGAACACAGCUUACUGGAAGUCCAGAGGGCUGGGUUAGUGAAGGAAAUUUAGUUUAAAGUUGAAGCAGAAAGUUAACAAAGAAAGUUGAAAACCACCUUCUGAUCCCUGAAAUCUCUGAGUUUUCACACAAAGAACACCUGAACAUGUCAAACUGGUUCCAUAGUAGAACCAUCAUUGUAAAAACGUCAUAGUAUGGUGUGUUGCUCAAAAAACAUUACGACUCGGCUGUCUAGGGUCGCCAAGGAGCAACACAAAAACAGGACAAACGCUGGUUUCCAGGGGGUUAGUAGGCUAUUUAUUUGAAAGAGUAAGUUUACAACAACACAACAUGUGAGCAGAAAAAUCACAAAGUCUGUCUUUAGUUCAGCUGAAAAUAUUAGUUUUUGUCUUUUUUAUUGACCAAACUUUUCAGGAAGUAGAUGAAGAAUAAUUGAAGCUCUCAUGUAGAAGUCCAACUUAUUUUAGAUCCUUGUGGAGAGUUUAAUCUUAGAGUUUGUACAGCUGUUGAGUUUUUAGAGUCACAUGGAUUGUUUUGACAUUUAAUAACCGAGUCCUGAAAUAAAAUUACAGUUGUG